AUGGAUGGUCAAUGCAAUCCAUUACACAUAUUCUUCUUCCCUUUCAUGGGUCAAGGCCAUAUGAUACCUGCCAUUGACAUGGCCAAACUCUUUGCUUCAAAAGGUGUUCAAUCCACCAUUGUCACUACACCUCUCAACAAACCCACCAUCUCCAAAGCCAUUGAAAACUUCAAAAACCAUUCCAACAAUAUUCAUAUUCAAACCAUCAACUUCCCUACUGUAGAAGCUGGUUUACCCGAAGGAUGUGAAAAUGUUGAUUUAAUCCCUUCACCUCUUUAUGCUCCUGCAUUCUUCAAAGCUACUAGAUUGCUACAAGAACCCUUUGAAGAACUAUUGCUUCAGCAACAACCACAUGUUAUUGUUGCUGAUAUGUUCUUUCCAUGGGCAACUCAUUCCGCUGCAAAAUUCGGAAUUCCUAGGAUUGUGUUCCAUGGCACUAGUUUGUUUUCACUCUGUGCUUCUCAGUGUGUGAAAAAACAUGAGCCUUACAAAAAAGUUUCUUCUGAUACAGAACUGUUCUUGAUUCCGGAUCUUCCUGGUGAUAUCAAAAUGACAGUUUUGCAGAUGCCGAGUAGAGUCACCAAACACGAUCCCGUAAGCGAAGGGUUUGCGAAAUUAUUUAGAGAAAUAAGGGAAUCUGAAGAGAAGAGCUAUGGAGUUAUUGUUAAUAGUUUCUAUGAGCUUGAAGGUGUUUAUGCCGAUUUUUAUAGCGAGGUAGUCGGAUUAAAAAACUGGCAAAUAGGUCCAUUAUCAGUUCAUAAUAGACAUAGUAAGGAAGAAGAAAUAACAUCAUACCGUGGGAAAGAAGCAAGUAUUGACAAGCACGAGUGUUUAAAAUGGCUUGACACGAAAGAGAUCAACUCAGUUGUUUACUUGUGUUUCGGAAGUACAACAAACUUUCUCGACUCUCAGCUUAGAGAAAUCGCUAUAGGACUCGAAGCGUCCGGGAAAGAUUUUAUCUGGGUUGUGAGGAGAAAGAAAGAAGAGGUGGAAGAAUGGCUACCAGAAGGAUUUGAGGAGAGAAUGGAAGGAAAGGGACUGAUUAUAAGAGGUUGGUCACCACAAACGUUGAUUGUUGAGCAUGAAGCAAUAGGGGCAUUUGUGACACAUUGUGGAUGGAACUCAACAUUAGAAGGAGUGUGUGCUGGUGUGCCUAUGGUUACUUGGCCUGUGGCUGCUGAGCAGUUUUAUAAUGAGAAGUUGGUGACUGAGGUGCUUAAGAUUGGUGUGCCGGUUGGAGUUAAGAAAUGGGCUGGGUUGGUUGGAGAUAAGGUUGAAAGGGAUGCAGUGGAGAAAGGUGUGAGGAGGGUUAUGGAAGGGGAAGAAGGAAAAGAAAUGAGGAAGAGGGUGAAAGUGCUUGCACAAAAUGCAAAGAAAGCUGUGGAAGAAGAUGGAUCUUCUUACUUACAAUUGAAUGAUUUACUCGAGGAGUUGAGUUCAUUUAGAAAAUUAUUAGUGGAUGAUGACAUUUAA